AUUGAACGAAAAGAAGAAAGAGGAUGAGAGUUGAAGUAGAAAUAAUUUCUAGAGAAGAUAUUAGACCUUCUUCUCCCACACCCUCUCACCUUAGAGUCUUCAGCCUUUCCCUUUUGGAUCACCUUAUCCCAUCGCCAUAUGCUCCAAUAAUCCUGUUCUACAACUCACCUAAGAGUAACACAACUUACCUUUCUGAAGUCCCCAAGAGGUUACAAUUGCUGAAAACAUCUCUAUCAGAGACACUAACCAACUUCUACCCUCUAGGUGGCAAAAUCAAAGAGGAUCGGUCCAUUGAGUGCAAUGAUGAAGGUGCUAAUUUUGUGCUGGCCCGAGUGAAAUGUCCUCUAGAUGAAUUUCUAGUCCAACCUCAGGUAACCGAACUACACAAGUUUCUUCCUGUUGAUCUUCUGUCUGAAGGAUCAAAUUCAGGAACCUAUGUGACUAACAUUCAAGUGAACAUCUUUGAAUGUGGGGGAAUUGCCAUUGGCAUGUGCAUUUCUCAUAGGAUCCUAGAUGGAGCUGCACUAAGCACCUUUAUCAAAGGGUGGACAGAAAGGGCCAAGGGCUGUAACCAAUCAACCCAACCAAACUUCAUAGUACCUUCUCUCUUCCCCACUUACAGUCCAUGGUUUAGAGACUUAUCUAUGUGGAUGUGGGGUUCCUUGUUCAAACAGGGCAAGUGGGUCACAAGGAGGUUUCUGUUUAGAAACUCAGCUAUUGCCACAGUCAAGGCUCAAACACCAGGCACAGAAAAUUCCACACGUCUGCAGAUGGUUUCUGCUAUGCUGUGGAAGUCCCUCAUGGGGGUGUCCAAGGCACGGUUUGGCACCCAAAGGCCUUCUUUUGUUACUCAUCUGGUGAACCUGAGGAGAAAAAUGGACGAGGCUCUUUGUCCUGAACAUGCUAUGGGAAAUCUUCUUUGGUUGAUGGCUGCAGAGAGUGUGGAUGAUAAUGAGAUGGGGUUGGAGGAGUUGGUGGGGAAGUUGAGGACUGCAAUAUCAAGAGUAGAUAAGGAAUUUGUUGAAGAAUUGAGAGGUGAUAAGGGAAGGUCAACUAUGCAGGAAAGUCUUAGGGCAAUAGGUGAGAUGGGAUCAAAGAGUGAAGUGGAUUAUUUUGGGUUUAGUAGUUGGUGCAAUUUUAGGUACUACGAGGCUGAUUUUGGGUGGGGAAAACCCACAUGGGUGAGUGGUGGUGGUUCAAUUGACUCAGUUUCAAUGUUUAUGAAUCUUAUCAUCCUAGUGGACACAAGGUUGGGAGAUGGCAUAGAAGCUUGGGUUACCUUGGAAGAGGACGAUAUGAGUCAUUUGAAAGCAAACCCUGAACUCCUCACUUGUGCAACACUCGAUCCAAGUCCUUUAGCAAUGAGUUCAGUUGCCUGAUUAUUAGAAUUAGCUUUCAUUACUAUUGAAAGUAAUUUUUCAUUUGAAGCUGAUAAGUUGGUUUCACGAAACCAAAUGGAAAAACAAAUUAAUUUAGUUGAUCUUGAAGUUCAUGUCAUUAAAUUCAUUUACCUACUUACCUAGUUUUUUCUGUAUCUUAUUUAACUGUUAGACCGACUAACAGUAAAAGCAACUGAUAGUGUAUA